GUUCCCGACUAUGAUGUCAGCGAUAGACAGGGGCGGGCACUCAACGAAAGAAUAAAGAAAUGCAACAAGAGAUACCGAAAAAUACAGAUGAAGAUGUGAAUAGGGAUGUGUGGAGGUCGUGUCCAAACAACGGGUUCUUUGUCUGAACCUUGCUGUGAAGAUAUUUGUGAAGAUGACCACUCUCACACGACAGGAUCUCAAUUUUGGACAAGGGAGGUGUAUCCAAUUGGAAUCUUUCAGAAGAGGAAGAAGUACAAUGUACCUGUUCAGAUGUCAUGUCACCCAGAGCUUAACCAGUACAUCCAGGACACGCUGCACUGUAUCAAGCCUUUGAUUGAGAAGAAUGAGGUGGAUCGGGUGGUGGUGGUGAUCCUGGAUAAAGAGCAUCAUCCUGUGGAGCGCUUUGUCUUUGAGAUAUCCCAACCUCCUUUGCUGUCUGUCAGCUCUGACUCCCUGCUGUCCCGUGUUGAGCAGCUUCUUCGAGCUUCGAUUCUGAAGAUCAGUGUCUGUGAUGCAAUUCUGGACACCAACCCUCCAGGCUGUACCUUCACUGUGCUGGUUCAUACCAGAGAUGUUGCCACUCGAAACAUGGAGAAGAUUCAGGUGAUAAAGGAUUUCCCAUGGAUUCACGCUGAUGAACAAGAAGUGAAUAUGCGAGAGCCUAGACUAAUCCCACUGAAAACUAUGACAUCUGAUAUCUUGAAGAUGCAAUUAUAUGUUGAAGAGAGAGCUCAGAAAAUAUCCUGACUCAAUGGCAGUAAUACCAAGUAGAACAGAGAUCCUAAGGCACUGGGUGUGCUUCAUCACUGAACUGCUAUGUGGCACAUGAAAGAACUUUGAAAACUUGUGAAAUGUGAAGCAUUAUGUGGAAUCAUAUCCUGAAAUGGAAUUGGUGGAUGGGUUUUAACUCUCUUGUAUUGUCAUGAUAGCUUGUAGUUUGACCAUGUACAUGUGUUGUGCUGUCCACAUGAAGGAUGGUGUGAAAUUGACUAGAAAUUAAUGGCUGAGUCAGGGUUGCAAAGUAAUUGUUUGUUUAUGAUUGCACAUUACUUUUCAUGAUGCACUCAGGAGGCUAUCCAGGAAUGUACUGUGCACCAAUGUUAUGACAUUAUACAAUUUAGAAACUAUAGAGUUGCACCCAGAGACAACUGUCAGCUUUGUUGAAGAAUUAGUCAACUGUGCCAGUUUGCAGCCUUUAAAGGGAGGGAACAAACAGGCUGCAGGACGUUGAAGGAGAGGGGUCUUUUUCCAUCUGCCACUUGGAAUAAACUGGGUGAAAGAAUGUUUGAUAAAAAUUCAAAUGUGAGGUUGCUUUGUUUUACACUUUAAAAUAAAGUUUGUGAAACUGAAAGAAAUAAAA